AUGGAAAUUCAUUUUCUCUCUUCAAGGGCACUGAAUGCUGAGGAGACCACACUUUGGAUGAAGAAACAUGGAACCAACAUACACCAGCAGGUGCAUAUUGGCAAAAAUAUCAAGGCACUCAAAGAUCUUCUCAAGUCCCACCGGAUCAUCUUCGUAAUUGGGGGACCAGGUUGUGGCAAGGGGACACAGUGUGAGAACAUGGCAGCCAAGUAUGGCUUCUGUCAUGUGGGCCUUGGGGAGCUAUUGAGGAAGGAGGCAAAUCAGGCCACUGUCCGGGGCCAGCAGAUCCGGGACAUCAUGCUGAAGGGCCUGCUGGUGCCCACGGGUGUGAUUCUGGACAUGGUGAGUGACAACAUGUUGUCCCGACCAGAGAGCAAAGGCUUUCUCAUAGACGGAUUCCCCCGGGAACUUAGCCAAGCCCAGGAGUUUGAACGGAUUAUGGGUCGCUCCCCCAAUAUUGUCAUUGUCUUUGACUGCUCCACGGAAACCAUGAUUCACCGCGUAUUACAUCGAGGCCACGAAGGACAACGAGAGGAUGAUGCUGAAAACAUUGUACGGCAGAGGCUAGAGACCCAUUACACCCUUUCUGAGCCCAUCUUGGCUUUCUACCAGCAGAAAAACCUUCUCCGGAAUAUCCUGGCAGAAGAUGCUGCAGAAAACAUCUUUGCCAAAUGCUGCUCCGUCAUUGAUAGUCUGCAGUAAAGUUGGAGCCCUCCCCCACCCCCAAUGGAGGCCCAGGGCCCCAAGAUGCUGAACCUUCAAGACAGCCUGUAACCUCAGCACUGCCAGCAGUUGUCAUUUCUUGGGGACCUCCAUGAGGAAAAGCAUAUUUUUCAAUCACCAUUAUCAGGCCUACAACAUCUAUAACAGAACAACAUCGACUUCAAAGCCGGAUAGACACAGACAGCACCCAGUGGACACGGGGGGAGGCUUUGUUCUCAUUUAUUUGUGAAGUUGAAAACAAACAAUAAAAAGUAAAAACUGCCAUA